AUGUCUUAUCUAUCGUGGUUGAAUGCCGUAACAGGAAAUAAAUCCGCAAAAGUCGGUCUUGAAUAUAGACUUCCCAAUCAAGAAGUAAGUGAACAAUUAGAUUUCAUAAAAGUUCGUUUACAAUUGUUACGUAAUCUGGGUACUAAUUCUCAAAAAAAAAACAACAAAAAGAAAACAAAGUCUAUAAGCGGUUCCAAUAAACACUAUUACAAAAAGUGA